UUCCAGGGGCUGGCCAUGCUGAAGGGCGAGCCCGAGCAGCGCCCGCCGCUCCCGGGGCUGAGGGGAGCGGCACUGAGCCCCCGGCCGGGUCCGGGCCCCGGGCGGGAGCGCUGGGCUGUGCCGGGAAGAGCCGGGGAGCAGCGGGGCCGGGGCGAGGCGAGGGCCCCGCGGAGCAGGCCUGGGGCUCGGCAGGAGGCAGAGCGGCCCCGCGGGAGGGGACGGGCGCCCGCGGGCCGGGCAUUAAAGCGCGGCAGGAAACACGAGAUGGAGCCAGCAAUGGAGUCCAUAUUUUCCAUUUUCCGGAGCCCUGGGAGGAGUGAUGCUGCAGAAUAUCCAGGGGACUGCGUUUUGGGGGACAAUGAGGAGGAGAAAGGCUUCCCUGAAGACCUUAAGCAAGAAGAGCUGCCUCAGGUGCAUGAAGCCCAGAGCCCAGAGAGGGGGGCAGCCUGUGAUGUUUCCCCUCAUGAACCAAGAGACUCCAGGAAGUUCGUCCUUGGUGCUGGUGGCCAGACACUGCACUGUGGAGAGAAACCCUUCAAGUGUCCAGAAUGUGGGAAGGGCUUCAAGGGGCACUGCAGGCUCCUGACCCACCUGCAAAUCCACACAAGAGAAAAGGUGUUUGUGUGUGCUGAAUGUGGGAAGAGCUUCAGCAGGAAGGCCAACCUGGUGGUUCACCAGAGAGUCCAUACGGGGGAGAGGCCUUACAAAUGCAAGGAAUGUGAGAAAACCUUCAGCCGUGCCUCGAGCCUCCUUGCUCACCACAAAACCCAUCUGAAAAAGAAAAUCUUUUCCUGCACCCUGUGCAGAAAGAACUUCAGUGGGAACACAGCUCUGCUGCAGCAUCAGAGAGUCCAUACAGAUGAGAGGCCCUGUAGGCGUUCAGAGCAUGGAACUAGCUUCAGUGUGAGCUCAAACUUCAUCAGACACCAACACCUGAGAGAGAGACCCAGUGAGCACACAGCAGAUGCAAAUCAAUCUGAAUUUACAUCUCUGCAUCAGAAAGAAGAGCAAAGGUGUGGUUCGGAGGAAAGUGAAGUGGAUCACUGGAAUCUUGUUUCUGAAGAGUUAAAGAAAAUGAGGGAAAAUAUGGAUAUGCUUCUCCUGAAUCAGCGAAGUCAGCUGCAGGUGCUUCAGGAAAUGCAGAAGCAACUGAAUAUACUGCUCCCAGGCAGUGCUCUCCUAAAUUCUAAUGUUUAUAGCUUGGGACUCCUGCUAGGACAGCAGGCGGCCGCUGCAGCAUCUAUUUCUUGCCCCCUUCUGAAUCCCAGCAGUCUGCUCUCCUGUGAUGGUGCCAGUGCCUUAUUUUCACCUGCCUCUGGAGCUCUGCCUGCACUUCAGCUCCCAAUUUCUCAAGAUGCUGUGGCUUCUGCAGCUUGCUCAGCAUUGUGCUGUGAACGUGUCCAGUGUAAACAUCUGUGACUCUUCUUGACCGUUCUGUCACUUGGGGCAGGUGACCUCUGGGCUCUGCUGUUGCAGUUGUACCUGUGAAGGUGCUGACUGUACACUCAGAUGCAUCAACAAGCAGCAGCUGAUCAAAUCCCUGUCCUGGAGCCUGCAGGGAUUUUGGCCAGGGAUGACCUUUGUUGAGGCAGCUCAAGAGAUCUUUAUCACUGGCAUGCACUGAAGUGCAACAUUCAUAUGCAAGAUAAUUCAUCAAACUUGAGUGUAUUUUUUACCUGGUAUGUCUUUCAGCAUGUACUUGGGCAAUUGCACCUCUCCUGAUGAGUUGAAACUAAUGAUAAAGUCCUCAGGGAUGAUUUAAGUAUCUCCUGUUAAGUCUGAUUUAUAUAGAGGGAAGCAAGAUGCUUACGUGAAGAUGUUCAGUUUAACAGCACCCCUGUUCCCAGCAUCUGUUUGCAAAAACUUCCUUCCUUUAGGAAUUCUUUAAAUUAGGUGUCCUUGACUUAGCUGAUUCUCAGGUCAGUACUCCUGCUCAAAAUAGAAAAAAGUACUUUCUGCUUUUUGUGUAAAACAACCCCUCCACCACUACCCCAAAAAACCCUAAUUGAAAACACAAACCAAAAAGCCCUCAAUAAAAUACCACCUUUCAGGUCUACCUUGCUUACCAGGACUUCAUGAGGAAAAGCCAAAUUGGUUUAUAGGGCCCUUGUUCAAAGGUGAACUCAGUUGAGCCUGGGUUUACUUUGUCAUAUCCUGUUUGGAUCAUUAUGUGGUUUUGGCUGUUAUGUAUUAAUUAGGGGUAGGAAUGGGAUAAAUAAUUAACACUGAGAGGCUCAGGUGCAUCAUCUUGUGAAAACAGCAGAGGAAAAAAAAUUUUUUUCCCCUUAUAGGAUUCUAACAUUAGGUCUGUCAGGGUUGGAAAGUGCAGAGUUUUAAGACAUGUUGGUCUGGUCUACCUUAUUCCAUCAGUGACAGACUCGGGGCAGUCUCAGAACCUUUAAGCUUCAAAAGUGUAAAAAAAAAAGCUCCUUUAUCCUUGAACUGGGAUAAAAAAACCUUUGGGCUUGUACCUUUGCCAGAAGGUCUUAUCUCUUGAACUGAUGCUGUGUUUGUGCAUGGUUGGUUUUGUGGUUUGUAGUUGUGUUUUUUAUGUUACCUUGUUAAAAGGAUGCACUCCUAGUCAUUAACAAAAUAAGGUUUAGAUUUUAGGGAUGGGAAACACUGGUUCUCUUAUCUAGUCUUCUUGUUGAUAAUGUCACAUUCUGUCCUAAAGCUAAAACUGUGGGGCCAGGUAUGUCACUUCUGCUGUGAGACUACAAACUCUGAAAAUCACACACUUGUUUCUACUGUGUGGGAUUUUGGAUUAGUCUUAAUUCAUCAGGAUAUUAAUUUAAACCAAAUGAAGAGGCCUUAAAGGACAUUCCUUCAAUGUGAUCUUGUGGUGAUAUCUUUGAGCUGUAAUUUCCAUCAGUUGAGCAUUUCAGAAUCCUGGAAACUCAGGGGUACUGUUCAUAACUUUUUUGAUGUUUAAUGUCAUUGUGCAUAAAGCAGAAUUUCCUUGUGAAAUCAAUGGUUGAAGUUUGUAUUUCAGUUGGGUUUAUAGUGUUCAUUAUUAAAACAUUUCACUCCUGUUAGAAAUUAA